UUUAUCUUUUUUUUUAUAUAUAUAUAUAGAGAAUGAAGUUUGGAAAGACAUUACUAUCAAACCAGAUACCGGAAUGGUCAAGAAACUAUAUUUCUUACAAGUCCUUGAAAAAGGAUAUUAAAGCUGCGGCUGCUGUAAGCAUACCACCUCCCGAAGAAAUGACGACAGCCAUCUUUUUUAAAUUGGAUAGAGAGCUUGAAAAGGUCAAUACUUUCUAUGUAUACAAACAGGCCAUGAUCAACCGUCGUUUAUGGAUCCUCCACGAAAAAAAGCUCGAAAACAACAAUGAUGAAAAGGACGAACUUAUCUUGGCUUUGAAAGAAACAAGAAGUCAAAUCAAUAAGCUUAUGUGGUUUGCCGAAUUAAAUUCAAAAGGAUUUCGAAAAAUACUUAAAAAAUUGGAUAAAAAGUUGGGAUUGGAUACGCAAUCGAUUUAUUGGGAGACAAAGGUCGUCGUACUUCCAUUUGCAACCCCGUCACAAUUGCGUAAAGAGUUGAAUUUAUUAGCCGAAUGGAUCUUAACUUUAACUUCGGACGAUUCAUUACAAUCCAUCACCGUCAAUAGUCCUGCUUCCUCACACAAUAACUCUUCUCUUAAAUUGGCCCGAUACACAUCCAAGAAUGAAGAUAUUUCAGAUGCCAUCCAACAUGACAAUCGUCACGAAUUAGAAUCUCUCUUGAAAGAAGGCACCCGAAUCAACGAUACACUUUUAGAACUGGCUGUGGAACACGAGUCAAUAGCAUGUUUGGAUUAUCUCGUGAAAACCUUGGGACUUUCCCUUGUGAAUCGUAAGGAUAUUAAUGAACGUAAUUUACUGCACCGAGUUUGUAUCAGGAACCCGUCAUCCAUUCAACUUGUACAAUGCUUAUUAAGAUUAGAACCUACCUUAUCCAUCCAAAAGGACUUUGCGGGCAGAAGACCCCUGCAUUAUGCUGCCGAAUCUAAUCAAGCGGAAUUAAUCAAGGUCUUAUUACAGCAUGCCAUCACACAUCAUGACUACGAUAGAGAGGGGUUUGCAGAUCCAAUUUGGCAGGAUAGAGAAGGAUUUACACCAUUAUUCUUUGGCAUCAUUCAUGGUAGCACCAUCGCCGUAAAGGAAAUGAUUGAAUUGGGGCAAAUUAGCGAUAUUGAUGCAUUAAUUGCUGGAUCGGCAAAAUCUCCCACCUUGUCAGACGAUGAUUCGUCCAUCGAAGACGAUCUUUUACCGGAUUUUGCUCGUUCUCUGCAUCACCCUUCGUCUGUGGCAUUGGCCUGUAAAUUGGGCAAUUUGGAUCUCCUCAAGUUGUUGAUCAGUAAGCAAGCUUCGGUCGAUCUUGCCGACGAAGAUGGUGAAACGCCUCUUUUGUUUGCUAUCCGAAGUAACUUUUUAGAAGGUGUCCGUGUUCUGAUUCAACAAGGUCAUGUGGAUCUCAAUUUAGCCGAAAAAGUCAAUGGUUGGACACCCCUCAUGAUUGCUGCCAUGAACGGCUUUAAAGAGAUUGUGGAGACCUUAUUAGAGGCGAAAGCUAACAAGGACAUGACGGAUCAUAAUGGCUGGACUGCUUCUGAACAUGCUGUUUUCCGUGGUUAUCUUGAUAUUGGUAGACUGACUGUACCUACAGACCCCAAGUUAAACCUCAACCCUCGUGGUGCCAAACUCUUAUCAUCGGAUGAUGAAAGUGUUUCUUCUAUACCCUCUACCAAGAAAACAGGAGUCUCCAAAGCAAGUCGAUUAUAUGGUCACAAGUACCUGACGGAUCUCUCCAUGAUUAUCAUUACUUUGGGUUCGAACGAUGUUCGUAACCCUCUCUGUCACCAAUUUAUUGAGCUUGCCAAAUCCUUUCAGGAUGGAGAUAAUCCUCGUCGGUUGUCACUUUCGGUAUCUGCAACCAAUGCCACAGGUGAAUUUCCCAUCAUUGAUUUACCCACCGAGUUUGAUCACGCGUUCUAUCCCGAACCCAUCGUGCUUUUCACACCCAAGACGGAGGAGGUCACACUUCGGUUUGAUUUGAUCGAAACGUUUGGGUCCUCCCGUAACAGUAGUGUUUUGGCAAGAGGCACAGCGGUAUUAGCAGGUGAUUUCAUCUUUACCAAAACAAAGGCUUUUAAGGGCCCUACCGAAAAGGCCUCCUUACGAGGUCAGCAGACGGUACCUUUAGUACAGGCUAAAGAUUUGGAUUGCGUAGGCACAUUAGGCUUUGAAUAUUUUGUCUUGACUCCCUUCCAGCACAAAAACAUGAAGAUUGGAGACAGGUACACUUACUACAAGUCUGUGGAUACACAGGUCAUUGGACAUCGUGGUUCUGGCAUGAAUCGAAAGGGAUCGAAAUUACAAGUGGGAGAAAACACCGUCUUGUCAUUUGUUACUGCCGCUUCCUUGGGUGCAGAAUAUGUUGAAUUUGAUGUUCAGUUAACAAGGGACUUAGUGCCAGUGGUAUAUCAUGAUUGGACCGUAACAGAAACAGGUUAUGAUAUCCCAUUAAAUGCCAUUACUUCAGAACAGUUCUUGAAUUUACGUCGAUCGGGUCAAAUCAAGGAAUAUCAUACUGGUGUUAGUGAAGGAGUUCACGGGCAAAUUAUUCCUGUAGACCAUAAAUCCAAUGGAUUACCCUCACCUCCCUUGACUUAUACGCCAUCCAAUAGUAAUAGUACACCUACCAAUCGAGUGAACCGAUCUCAUUCGUUCAGUGCCAGUAGCCCCAACCGAUUGGAUCUCUCUAACCCAUUUGAUCAAACACGUACCUCCAAAUCCGGCAAGAUGAAGGGUAACGGACCCGAGACAAUUCAAGGCCCAUUUACCACCUUGGCCGAAGUCCUCACCACCGUCCCCAAUACAGCAGGAUUUAACAUUGAAAUCAAGUACCCCAUGAUUGAUGAAGCCGAACAAGAUGAACUCACACAAUUUCAAGAACUCAACAUUUACGUCGAUACCAUUCUAGAAUGUGUCUAUGAUUAUGCGCAACAAGAUCGUCACAUUAUCUUUUCUUCAUUUCAUCCAGAAAUUUGUUUGGCUCUGAAUUUAAAACAACCAAAUUAUCCAGUGUUUUUCUUGACAGAUGCAGGUACAAUGCCUAUGGCAGAUAUUCGAUGUAACUCGUUACAAGGUGCAGUUCGGUUUGCCAAACAGGCGGAUUUGUUGGGUAUUGUCGCUGCUAGUGAGCCUAUUUUAGAAGCACCACGUUUAGUACAGGUUAUUAAGGAGUCAGGUCUCCUGUUAUUUACCUAUGGCAUCUUGAAUAAUGAGGUUGAAAAUGCUGUAGCUCAAAAGUAUUAUGGUGUUGAUGCUGUGAUUGUUGACUCUGUGCUUCCUGUUAGAAAGGGUUUACGUGGCGAUUAGAAAUCUCGGUUAUACUUAAGAAACAUAAUAAAGAAUAUUAGAUUUUAUUUCCUCAUAAAAAAAAAAAAAAAAAAAGAAAGCCGGAAAAAAAAAAAGAAAAAAAAAAAAUAUAAAAAAAAAAAAAAAAAAAAA